AUGAUUGGACGCAAUGUUUAUAUCCAGAAUCCAACAACAAAGCGAUUGGACAAUACAGAAAAUGCAGUAAUCGAAUCCGAAUCAUCAGUAUGUGACGAACCGUUUGCAGUAUCAGAAGACUCUUGUGACGACCCAGGAACUGAAAAAGAUACCGAGUGUUCAAAAGUAUGUAUUUUUUGCAAUUCAAACCGCAAAAAGCAUACAGGUCGAUGGCAAAAUUUACAUAGUUCCUGUGCACAAGAUACGGGUGAAAAUAUAAAGUCUCAGGCGACAGAAAUGAAUGACAUGGGUUUAUUAACAAAAAUUGAAAACUUAUCAUCACAAGGAUGUCCAAUUUUAUACCAUCGCAUAUGUCUCGUACAGUUCCAAAAUAAAUUCCAGUCGCAUAUUGCUUCAGAAAAGGAAAAAACUGAUUGGCACAUGAAACGUGAUACAGUAAGUGCUGCAUUCGAUAAGAUUUGUUCAUUCGUCUACGAAAAUAUCAUUCGGAAUAAGCACAGUUAUUAUUUAGAUUUUUUGCGAACGUUGUACGCUGAAUAUCUCAGUGAGGAAGUCAGAGAUAGUAAAACUUCGCCCAAUACUUUCUAUACCCGCUAUUUAGAAGAGAGAUUGCUGAAAACAUACCCUAAAGGCAUAUCGGUUAUACAAAACAACAGAAGAAAAAUAGUUAAACCAUAUACAGGCGUUGUGUUGAAAGAUUCAGAUUUUUCCCUUAUGCAAGACGAAGAAAUUGUACAAAAAGCAGCAGUUAUCCUACGUAGAUCCAUCCGAGAGUUGGAAAAAAGAUCGAUACCAGAAAAAAUAUCGGUCCCUGAUUUGAUAAACGGAGAAUGCAUAGCAAAUAAGGCGCUUAAGAUUCAAAGUGAGAAAAGACCUCUUUUCGAUAAUCUCUUCAUACACAUUGGUCCGUUUCAUAUAAUGAUGGUGUACUUCAAGGCGAUUGGUAAAUACAUCGAUAAUUGUGGCUUAACAAAUAUUAUCGUCGAUACUGAACUGUUAGCUAGUGGCUCUGUGAAUGGAUUGAUUACUGGCAAGCAUUUUAACAGAUGUAAAAGGCUUCAUCCGCUUGCUGCUUUAGCGAUUCAAAUAAUGCAUUAUGAAAGCUUUGUGAAAUUAACAAAUCUCGAAAUCCCUGAAGAAACGAGACAGUAUCUUGAAGACUUAAAAAAUGAACGGCAUGACAAUCCGGAGAUUAACAAUCAACAUUUAUUAGAAAUAUUAAAGAAGUAUGAAGAAUAUGAGACAAGUACACUUGCUGGAGAGUAUGGGAAAACUCCACAAUUCUACUUGAUAUACUCAAAUUUGGUUCAUUACUAUCUACUGUUAAAUAGAAGCAUUCGAAUUGCAGACUUGGACCUAUUCAAAUUUGUACUUCCGAAGAUAACAAAUCUUUUUUUCACUUUUAACCAACAGAAUUAUUCGAGAUAUUUGGUGAAAUAUUCUGACAAUCUCCAAAAAGUGGACGAAACUCAUCCCGGAUUGAAAGAGCAAUUUGAAAAAGGAUCCAUUGGAAUUAGAAGGACGAGCAAACCUUUCUCUCGACAACCAAUUGAUCUAGUGCUGCAACAAACAAUCAAUGCCGACACUGCAAAUAAAUUAACAGGCAUCAUUCAAUCAACAAAUUCUAUUUCAGCUCGGCAGAGGUGGUGUAAAAGCCAUAGCAUACGAGCGAGAAUAAUUACGCAUGUAAUGGAAACGACUGGAUUGAGAAAUCGACAGGAUAUUACAGCAGAUCUGCGGAAGAGUUCUAUUGACAAAAGUGCCGACCAAUUAAAAAAAUUAAUUGCAAAUAUAAGGCAAAACAUGAAUCCUUUUUCAAGCACUCUAGAUGGAAACUACUUAUAUAACAUUUCAAGUGGAAAGGCAGCGAAAGCAGAUGUUGCGGAAUUCCUUCUCAACGUUGAGAAAAUAGGAAACGAACAGCGCGAAAAAUUUAUUACUGAGUGUGCCGAAGAUGGUAAACGAUUUGAGAGUGUUAUAAAACGAAAUAAAGUCUAUAGUUUCACCAAAUCACAAAAAAAGAAAAUUAAUGUUUCUGGAAAAGUUGUAGAGGUCCAUUUAAGUCGUGCACUCCCAGCAUUUCACGCAUUCACAGGAUGCGACUUCAAUCCAGCGUAUUUUAAGAAAGGCAAGAAGCGGCCUUUCACAGUUCUCCAAAACUCUCCCCAGUUAAUUAAUGUAUUUUCCAACAUGCACAAGUAUCCAGAUAUUGAUAAAAAUUACAUUUUUGAUACACUGGAAAAAUUUAUUUGUGAGCUGUACGGUUUUAAAACAAUGAACAGCGUGAAUGAAGUACGAUUAGCUACGUUCAUGAAAGCCUAUAAAUUCAGCGACACCCAAGAACAGCUUAAACUACAGUCGACAAGUUUUGAUGGAUCCAUAUUACCCCCAUGUAAAAUGGAGCUACAACAACAAAUUCAGAGGGCUAUUUAUAUUUCCAGUGUGUGGUGUAAUGCACACUUCCAACAUCCAACGUUGCUAUCUCCUACGGAUUGUGGAUGGCAAGAAGUUGAUAAUAAGCUGGAGUUCUUAUGGUUUGAGGGUGAUCAGUUACCAACUUCGAUCAGCGACAUUAUUAUUGAUAAAAUUUCUGAAACCGACGACGCAGAAAAUAAAACUUUAGUGUCUGAUCGAGUUCAAACUACAGAAAAUGCCAGUAAAGCUAAUUUAGUUCCAUUAGACAAUGAUCAACAAGAAAACGACGACGUAUCCAGUGAAUUUGAAAACGAUGAUGAUCCAGAUAAAGAUCCUAACUACGUAGAUUUGUGUUCAGUGCUCAAAUGCAAAAAAGAAGCUUUUCAUUUUUGCAAAGAAUGUGAAUUAAAUACAUGCAAAUUUCAUUUGAAACAGUCAGAAUGUUGCCAGCAUAAUACUACUGUAGCCAAAAAUAAGUUCCCUAACAUUAAUUUUAGUACACCUAUAUCAGAAGAAGCAAAUAAAGUGUGUUCAAAUUCGGCAGAUGAAGGAAAGAAAAGUCGUCAAAGUCCUACCAGAGCCGUCUUACCAUCUACACUCAACUCUACUCCUUCAGAAAUCGCUUUAGAUAAUUCAGAUAAUUCAGCGUCGGCUGAUUUUAGAGCACCUGAGGAAUAUAUCGUUGAGGGAUCUAGAAGAGAAAUAGAGAAGCAGAAGGUUACGAAAAAAGCUACUUACAAAACCGUUCAGAAGCUAAGACAAAGUGGAAAACCUUACAUCAGACCAAGAACAAUGAAUUUAGUGCCACCAAAAAGACUGAAAGAAUAUUGUAAAGGAGAGACCUGCAAAAGAAAUAAAAAGAGAUGCCACGAUUUUAAAGAGGAAGAUCGACAACAGCUGCUAAAUGCCUAUUAUGAAUUAGAAAGCAUUCAGCUUCAGAGAGAGUAUAUCUGCCGUUACGUCGAUAAAUUCGAAACUAAGCAGAAAACUACAAAAGACAAUAAAUCACGACGCAACUUUUCUUUUCACUACUUUUUACCUCUUCAAAAGGUGCCCGUCCCGGUUUGUAAGCCUUUCUUCCUAAACACAUUGUCAAUUAGUGAAAAAGUUAUGCGUAACGCAAUGGAAAAGCUUCAGUCAAGUGGGAUAGUUGAAAAGGACAAACGAGGUGGACGACAAGAAUCCAUGAAGAUCAAGGAUAAUAUUGUAAGACAAGCAAUGCAAAACCACAUAAAUAGAUUCCCCAGAGUCGAAUCACACUAUUGCCGCAAGAGUUCCUCUAGGGAAUAUCUCCACCCCGAUUUAACAAUUCCUUUAAUGCAUAACAUACCAAAAAAGGAUGUAUGCAGCUUAUGCAUUACAUACAAUGAGGGCGACACUGAGAAGAAAGUGGAAUUGGAAGAAAGAUAUAAGGCACACAUAGAGAGAAAGGAAAAAAUUCGAAAAAUAAAGCAGCAGUGUAAAGAUCAAUCUAUAGCUGACAAAUCAAUCUUAAGUGCAGUGUUCGACUUACAACAAGUCAUUUACCUUCCAAAAUCAAACGAAAGUGCAAUAUUCUAUAAAAGGCGUCUAGCAGUUUACAACUUUACAGUAUACAACUUAGCCACCAAAGACUGUCAUUGCUACACAUGGAGUGAAAUAGAUAGUAAAAGAGGUUCCUCUGAAAUUUCAACAUGCGUUUAUAACUUUCUGCAGCAUUAUGACGAGAAGGGGACUGUAACAGUUAAUUUAUUUUCUGAUGGAUGUGCUGGCCAGAACAAAAAUUCUAUAGUUGCCUCGAUGCUACUUUAUUUUGUCACCAAUAGCAAAAACGUUGAGCAAGUCAGUCUGAAAUUUUUUGAACCUUUCCAUGGACAAAGUGAAGGAGACUCCUGUCAUAGCACCAUUUCUACCGCAAUGUCUCAUUCAGGGAACUUGUUUGUUCCAUCGCAACUACUGCCUAUUUUCAAAUUAGCAAGAAGGAAACAACCUUACAUUGUAAAUAAGAUGGAACAUACUGAUUUCUUAGAUUUUAAAGAUUUAUCAAAAAAUUUACGAAUUUUGAGUAUCCGUGAAGACGAUAACAAAAACAAAGUGAACUGGACAGAUAUCUCGGAGUUUAAAGUUGAAAAGAAAGAGCCCAAUAAAAUGUUCUACAAGUUAUCCCAUUGUGAUGGAGCCUACAGAAGCAUUACCCUAAAACGGAAACAGGAAAAUAUUUUUAAUUUGCCUGUUGAGAAGCUGAAUAAGCAAAGACCCAAAGUGACAGCCAUUAAGUACGACAACUUAGUUUCACUGUGCUCUGGAAAGGACCCGGUGGUAAAAUCUUUUGACCACAUUGCCUUCUACAGAUCGCUUCCUCAUGAGUAA